AUGAAUAGAGGAACUUGAAGAGCGUUCAUACGUGCUUAUUCAUUUCCGCACUGGAAUUUGUCAUGUAUUUAUCUAAUUAAUAGUAGAAUGGAGGGGAAGAAAAAAAAUGUUCUAAACCUCACGUCACAAGGCCAAUAAUCUGGGGAUGGUAGUCCCCACUAUAUUUAUUUUUACUUGUCAUUCCGAGUGUGGAUGGAUGGAAAAAAAACGAAGAGGCUUUUCAGUCGGUAGCUGACUGUUGCACGAACAUUUGAUUUCUGGCCGAGUCGACGUUUAUUUCGAGUUUUCUGCAGUACAUUCGAUAUGACGAAAUUCACGAAAUACAAACCUGAAAUGUUAGGCUGGCACAAAGAGCCAGGACCGUUGAAAGUGUGGCGCGUGGUGGACGGUCGUAAAAAGACUGAGGACGGAAAAAUUGCCCGAUUUUCUAUCCAAGAAAUACCUGUCGAUCGUUUCGACGAUGCUUUGGAUUUGAUGUGCACGAUUUUCCUCAGGGACGAGCCUAUAUGCAGUAGCUCGAACAUUGUCAAUGAUGCCGCAUCGAUGGAUGAUUUCUGCAAACUAUGGAGCUUCAGUCUUCAGCAAGGUGUCGCCGUUGGAGCUUUUCUUGUCGACGGUAACAAUCCAAAACCUGUGUUGGCUGGUGUAAAUAUGACUUUGGUGGACUGUGACGCUACCGAAGAAGCCUUGCAGACGGGAAUCGAGUUUCGUUCUGAAGUAACACAAAAGAUAUUGAAAUUAUUGCACGACCUAGAGACAGAGAAGAAUCCUCGAGAAGUUUACAAUGUCGACAAAUUCAUGACGGCGUUUGGCUUGUGCGUUGAUUCACGGUUUCGCGGUCAGGGUCUUGGAGUUGAACUUCUUAAUGCACGAAACGAAAUCUGCGCAGCGUACGAUAUUCCUGCCACAACAACAGUAUUCACAGCUCCAGCUGCUCAGAAAGCUGCUGCUCAAGCUGGCUUUGAGUUACUUCUCGAACGUCACUUCGUUGACGUCAAAAACGAAGAUGGCACUGAAAUGUUUCCUGGUAUAACAUCAAAAGUCGUCAAACUCAUGGGGAAGAAAUUUUAAUAGUGAUUUUUCGUUGACUAUUAAAUUUCAGCUCUAUUCUCAAUGGGCUGACUAUCUUAGAACAAUUAUAGUAUAUUUUCUAACGGUAAAUUUUGCUGUUUAUCGAAAAGUUUGCAUUUCAACUUUUAACGUUGGAUGUUUUUCGAUCGAUCGCUUCGUAUUUUUGUCACAAACGUUUUUUACACCCUUUGUUUUUGUAACAGAUUUUUUUCUCCAGUAGCUGAGACGGCUAUUAAAUUCUUUUGGAUUAUACAGAAAAAAACGAUUCGACGAGACGCUCUAUCAAUUUGUAUUCACUUUAUUAUUGUUUCAAUGUGCAGUUACUGAACAUCGGGAAAUUCUAUAUUUGAGUUCGUCUUCAGACAUUGUGUCACAUCCCGAGCUCAUGCUUGACUUAAAAAAACAGAUUACAUGAGUCUCUCUCCUUGUAAUUUGUGUCUCAUAUUGCAAAGUUGGAAUUCUAUGAUUAUUGCCUUGUAAAACGUUCAUCCACGGUGAGUUAUAGCAAAGUGGGUGUGGUGAUAGGUUUGUAAUGACACGACAAGAAUGGCAAAAUGGCUUCAACUGAAUACUGGUAACGGUCAAGUUUGCAAACAAUGAAAAACAGAAGAAACUUCAUGAUUUAAUUGAUUAGAAAAUUUACACAAAAAUUAUUGUUUGUGAUGCACGGACAACAAGGAAUUAGAUGAUGGAUUGAAAAAUGGGAAAUCAUAAGUUUAGGAUGAGCAACAUUUCGCCAAGGGAGUUAAUAAAAAAUUGGAAAACGUCGUUCCAUUUAUAUCACUGCUCGCAACAUGGAGAUGUAACCUGCUGCGGUUUUGACAACCUGUACAGAAAAAUCGAAAUAAAACUUCACAGAAAUAUCCACCUGA